CACAGUGACAGACAGUGGCUUCGAGGGCAAAACGACGAAGUAAACAAACACACCAGCUUUUCUACCAAAUUUCAAUACUUCUCUUUAGUUGGCUUGGACUAUGAAGAAAUUUACUUCGACUUGUAAAUCAAACCGAAGAUGCCGCCCGUAUCUCUCCAGGAGGGGGAGCAAUCAGACCCAGAUGAAGUCCAGUCAGGGAUUUAUUGAGAAACUUCCAACUGAGGUGCUUGAUUUAAUAUUAAAUAAUCUCACAGUUCAAGAAGUCAGUGUUUUAAGCAUGGUAUCCAAAAGCAUCAGUACUUGCAUUGUAAAGCAUGUGUCCACCUUGUCCUGGACGAACAAGAUGAUUUUGCAGAAGCUUCACUGUACAUCGCUUGAAGCUGAUGACUCGGUGGUUGAUCAUUUCAGAUCUCUUGGUUUACUGCUCAAGAGAUGUACUCUGUUACUACCAUCUAAGGACAGAAUAAAAUUUACAUAUAUUAGGUUUUCUCAGGUUUCCUGUUUCAGGAUGGACCAAUGUGUAGCACUGCAUCACUGCCAGGCUUUUACCUAUUAUGGAGUGUUCCUGCAGACUCUGAUUGCUGGUUGGGACGAGCUGGAAUGUCAUCGUGUCUUUCGUUUCCUGAGUGAAACUACAAAACUGCAGCAGAAAAUAGAGGCAGCUGUUACAAGCAAGCCAGGAUCCUGCCACAAGCUGGAACUGUCAGUUCGUCUUUUCUGCAGAGGUGUGAUGUUUGAUCAGUGGAAGAGCAGACGGGAUGCUCUUUUCUGGCUGACGUGCCUCCUCAGACCUUGGCCAAUAGUCAGCCAGGCCCGCCUACUCUUCAUCCUCUUUGGCCCAAUGAAGUCUGAUGGUAAGCUAAACUGGCAAGCUGUGCAGGACAGUGUGGUUGGGCAAAGUGCCCUGUUGGAUUUGGCCAAGGCCAUCAUCCUUCUACAUGAAGAUGGGGGAAACAGAAACUGGACUGCUGAUACCAUUCUAGCCAUUUUAAAUGAAUUAAUGGUCAUGCCACAGCCGUGGAAUAUGGAGAACGUGGCACGCCUGCUCAUCCUUUGUGGCAACAGCAUCUGCUACAGUGUGCUAGCUAGUAAAGCCAUCAACGGCAGGCACUUCGAGAUCUCCAGACUUCUUAUUUUUCUUAUUCUAGUGAGUGAAAAAGACGGUUAUAGUAUGAACUGGGCAGUGAAGAUGACCCAGCAGGUGUGUCAGGUAUUUUCCAUGCCCUCAGAAAAAUGGUCCUUUAUCCAGCGUAUGGAGAACAUGUUCUCAGAAGUCACCAUGGAACUCUAUGAGCUUGUUAUGACAGGCCGACGUGACGCAGCGAUGGAUAGCACGCUACAAUGUCUGUGCACCCUGCUGAACGCGAAUGCUCACUUCCACACAGAGAUUGUCUACAUGCUUCUUAGGAAAGGGUCAGAUCACAAGAACACACAGCAAGUGGCCCAGACAUCAGAAAGAAAAUAGUCUAGGAGAAAUCAACAUGGCAAAUACUUUCAGCUCAGCCUGGCGAGGAAUUAGGUUUUAAAUGUGAGAGACUGACUGGUUUUAUUAGUGAGCCAAUGUUACCGCUGCAACACUGGAUGAUUAUUUAUUUCAGACAUUUUGGUUCUGGUAUUUUUAUUCUACAUGUUAUACAUUCUACAGGUUGGGGCUAUUUAAAGCUACAUGUUCAAUUUUGUUGUUGAAAAUGUCCAUAUAGAAUGGUACGCUGCUAUAAGUACAGUCUAUGUAUUUCCUAGUUAUUUUUACAUAUUUUUAAAUUAAUGUGCUUUUAUUGAUAUCUGAAUUAAAUACAAACACAUUUUUAUCACUUACCACUUUAUAUUAGGCUACUGUGUUUUUGCUCUCAGUAUGCCACUGAUGUUGAAUUAAAUAUUUGCUACCAAAACUCUUGAGCACUGUAGAGAUUGUUUGUUGUGUAGAAAACGUUCUUAGUACUGUUAUUGUGAAAUUAAAGACUAUCAGCAGUUAAGUUCUAAAUUGUAGCAUUGUUACAUAACAUGAGUAAAAUGCAUUAACUGAGUCUGUUUAGCGUCCCUGUUUUUCUAGACAUCAUGUAUUGUGUUUAAAUACACCGAUCAGCCAUAACAUU